AUGACGAGGCUGAGCGCCUCCGGGCUGGGCUGGGUCCCAGCGGCCGGGGCGGGUGUUUUCUUAUUUGUUCUCGCGGCUCUGGUGGUGGGGCCGGCCGGUGCCUACAAGCUGAAUGUGCCGAAGGUCCUGCUGCCUUUCAGCCGGGACAAGCGCGUCCCUUUCGUUUUGGGCGCCGAGGGCGGUUGUUACUCCUGGGACUCCACGCGCCACGAUACCGUCACCAUUGAGCCCAUGUAUGAGAACGGCACCGCUUGCUCGUGGAGAGCUUUGCUGACGACGUGCUCUACACAGGCGACAAAGUUAGCCAGCGUUGUUAUAGCCGAAGAGAUAGUGACAGGCCGCUUGCUGCGUUGCGACGUCAUUGUGGACCUCAUAGACCAUGUGGAGAUCAUCUCCCGAACCCGAGAGAUUUAUGUUGAAGAUUCCCCACUGGAGCUCAGUGUGAGGGCUCUGGAUGCCGAAGGGAACACAUUCAGUAGCUUGGAAGGGAUGGAAUUUGAAUGGAGCAUCGCCAAGGACGAUGAGAUGGAAAACUUGGAGCUGUCCAGCAAGAUUAGGAUUUUAAAAUAUUCCGAAGCAGAAUAUUCUCCGCCGGACUACAUCGUCGAGAUGGAAAGAGAGGAGAAACAAGGAGACAGAAUUCUGGUCUCAGGAAUAAAGACAGGCGCAGCGGUCGUAAAAGUCCGAAUACAGGAGCUGACGUACAAGAAAGUAGCGGCCGCCUUGGUACGUCUGCUGGUUCUGGAGAACAUAUUCUUAAUACCCUCCUACGACGUCUCCCUAUUGGUCGGAGCUUACAUUAGGUACAGAGUUGGCAAAGUAGUUCAGGGGAAGAUCACAGAGGCAGAGCUGCCUCUGGAACAUUACGAACUCCAGCUGCGGGAUGAACUGAAGGCGUCUGGUGCAUCCGACCUCCUCCCGGUCGCCGAACUGAAUGUGGAAACAGCCACCGUCACCGCCAUGCAGCUGGGACAGGUUAACCUCGUCUUUGUCCACAAAAACAUCCACAUGCGAGCAGCCUCCGGACUUCCUAAUUGCAGCAUAUAUGUCGUCGAGGCUGGAUUUUUGGGUUUCUCAGUCCAGCCCGGAAACAGGUGGAUCCUCGAAGUGAAACGAGCAUACGCCAUCACAGUUGAAGUGUAUGAUAAGUCAAGCUCUAAGAUCUACCCAUCUGAUAACCUUAGAAUAACACACCAAUUUCCCAUGGAACAUUUUGAGGAGGUCACGUCUUCGGUGAACGGCACCUACCACAUAGUUCGGAUUCUGAAAGACGGGAUCAGCGUUAUAAAAGCCACUCUGGUGUCUGUUCUCCUUCAGAGUGGCUUGGAAGACUUCUUACUGACUCCAAUCAGCCACGAACAAGAAGUGAAGAUUUAUCUUCCCAUCCAGCUGACGCCCUCCUCUUUGGCCUUCCCACACCAUCCUCUGGACAUCUUAUAUCGGCACAGAGUGCAGGUCACAGGAGGCAGCGGCAACUUCACAUGGACCUCUUCCAACCAGACGGUGGCCACCGUCACUGUGAAAGGGGUGGUCACAGCAGGGGCAGUCCAGGGACAAAGCGCAGUGCAGGCUAGAGAUGUCCAGAAUCCUUUCCAUUUUGGAGAGAUACAGGUGCACGUGCUGAAGCUCUCAAAGAUGGAGUUCCUGCCAUUCCAUGCGGACGCCGAGAUCGGGCAGAUCUUGGAGGCCCCGCUCAUGAUGUAUCACACGGUGAAGGAGACGGGAGAGACCAUCAACUUCACCGACUGCUCCCUCUUAGCCCUGGUGGUCAGCAUGGACAAGCAAGGGGUGUUUGCCUUGGAUGAAGAGGGCAAGCCGAAACCUAGCCCAACGUCCUGCUCCUGCAUCCAGCUGGCAGCAAAGUCCCUGGGACACACCCUGGUGACGGCCAGCGCUACGGUCUACGAGGAGUACUUUGAAACGAGCGCCACCUUUGCUGCGUACGAACCUCUCAAGGCGGUGAACCCCGUGGAGCUGGCUUUGGUGACCUGGCAUUCCGUGAAGGAGAUGGUGUUUGAGGGAGGCCCAGGCCCGUGGGUUUUGGAACCCUCCCGCUUCUUCAUGGAGCUCGGGUUGGAGCACGAGGACAGAGUCCACGUGGUGGAGGUCCGGUUAACAGCCAAGAGGAAGCCGAACCAAUACAUUUACCGGAUCACGUGCCUGGAGCUGGGGGAGCAGGUACUGACAUUUCAGGUGGGCAACCACCCCGGAGUGCUGAACCCCAGCCCCGCCGUGGAGAUGGUGCAGGUGAGAUUCGUUUGCGCCCAUCCUGCCAGCAUGGCCGUGACGCCCGUGUACAAGCUGGCAGCCGGCAGCCUGCCUUGUCCCUUGCCGCAGCACCACAAGCAGCUGGUCCCCGUGUCCAGUUUGAGGAACACAAUCUUGGAGCUAGCUCUGUUUGACCAGCACCGGAGGAAGUUUGACAACUUCAGUUCCCUGAUCCUGCAAUGGAUGUCAGCCAAUGAAACCCUGGCGCACUUCACUCACCCGCAGACCAUGCAGAUGGUACCAAAGGACGACGGGACUGGACAAACCAGGCUGCACGGGCAUCAGCUCCUAGAGGUGCAUCAGAUCAAAGGGACCGUUCUGAUCGCAGUCAACUUUGUGAAAUACUCCGAAAGAGGCAGCCCAAAAGAGGUCUCUAACUCUCCCGCCUCUGCAGCUGUGGAACUGUUACUGGUCGAGGACGUGACAGUGGUUCCCGAUAACGUCACCAUGUACAACCACCCAGAUGUAAAGGAAAUAUUUGCCUUGGUGGAAGGCUCCAGCUACUUCCUUGUCAACAGCAGCGCAGAGGAGUUGGUGAACAUCAGUUACUUGGAGGCAGAGAGCACGAUCCACGUUAUUCCUCUCCUCCCUGGCUCUCUGACCUUGGAAGUCUACGAUCUCUGCCUGGCCUUCCUGGGACCUGCUACAGCUUAUCUGCGGGUAUCUAACAUGUUUGAACUGGAAGUGGAUCUCAUUGACAAGAUUGAGAUUGGUAAAUCCGUGCUGGUCUCAGUCAGAGUCCUGGGAUAUCAUCGACACCCCUUCCGGAGUAAAUACUUCAAGUACAUGCGACUACAGUUGAAAGCAGCCUCUCCUAUUGUUACUUUGACGCUGAUGGAAGAAGUGGGUGAAUAUUCUGAAGUCUACUUUCUCCGAGCUGUGGCCGUGGGACAAACAACUUUGGUGGCCACAGCCUGGGACAAGACAGGGACCAAAUUCACAUCUGCUCCUCGGAAGGUGGAGGUCUUUCCACCAUUCAAACUCAUCCCAAAGAAAAUGACCCUCAUUCCACAUAACAUGAUGCAGGUCAUGUCAGAAGGCGGCCCGCAGCCACAGUCCAUCAUUCACUUCUCAAUCAGUAACCAGACGGUGGCCACGGUUAAUGGACUCGGGCAGGUCACCGGCAAGACCGUGGGCACUGCCACCAUACAGGGGACUAUUCAGGCUGUGAAUGAAGACACAGGGAAAGUCAUUGUCUUCUCGCAGGAUCAAGUGGAACUAGAAGUGGUUCAGCUGAGAGCAAUCAGGAUCUACACCCCUGCCACCAGGCUCAUCACAGGCACGGAGAUGCCAGUGUACGUCGUGGGACUGACCAGCACUCUGACGCCGUUCUCCUUCGGGAACGCCAACCCAGGGCUGACAUUCCAUUGGACUAUGAGCAAGCGUGAUGUCCUGGACCUUCUUCCCAGACACUCAGAGGUUUCCCUACAGCUGGCUCCAGAAAGCAACUUUGCUAUGGUCGUUCACACAAGAACUGCGGGAAGGACAAGCAUCAAAGUGACGGUGCAGGCUUCGGAUGUGAACGCCAGGCAGUUCGAAGGGAAGCUCGCCGAGCUCUCAGACGAAGUGCAAGUGCUGGUAUUUGACAAGCUUCGGCUCCACUCCCCAGAGUGCCCCACGGAACAAAUCUUGAUGUCCAUGAAUUCACAACUCAGGGUGCUCUCUAACAGGGACGGGGCAGCCUUUGUGAGCUCCCAGCUCCUCCAGUGCUACCCCAACUCCUCCGUCAUCGAGGAGGACAGGCAUGGCCUCCUCAAAGCAGGAGCUGUUACAGGGACUGCCGUGUUGGAGCUGACCUCCUUGGAAUCUUUCGGCGUCAACCAGACUAUCAUCACUGGAGUGCGGGUGGCCCCGGUGUCCUACCUGAGGCUCAGCAGCUUUCCCAAGCUCUACACGGCCAGCAGGAUGCCCCUGCAUGCCUUUCCCUUGGGCAUGACCCUGACCUUCACCGUUCAGUUCUACGACAGCACCGGGGAGAAAUUCCACACUCAGAACACUCAACUUUACCUGGCCUUGAACAGAGACGACCUGCUCCUCAUCCGUCCCAGCAACAAGAACUACACCUACGUCGCCCAAGCUGUGAACAGGGGCGUGACCCUGGUGGGCGUAUGGGACGAGAAGCACCCCGGCAUGGCGGAUUACAUCCCUGUCCCCGUGGAGCAUGUCAUUGAGCCAGACCUCUCGGAGCCGCUCGCUCUGGGGGACGUGGUGUGUUUUAACACACCCCUCGUCGACCAGGAAGGAGAAGCUGGCACAUGGCAUAUCUCGCUCAACGACGUCCUUGAGUUAGAUACGACGACUGGAGCCGCGUUUGCAAAGAAUGCUGGGAAAACGACCGUCUUCCACGAUAUCCCGGGGAUAGUGAAAACCUACCGAGAGGUUUUCGUCAGCAGCUCCUCAGAACUGAGCCUCCACCUCGGUCCCAAAGGCUACUUAACCAACACUCCAAACGCCUCCGAAUUCCGGGUUUUCAUCGCCACAAGCAGCACAGGGACAACCCUUCGAGGUCCUUGCACUUCUCUUCAGCUUCAAGCGAUCAGGGACAGGCUUUCCCCAGAAUCUCAUCUGAUUUGCCAAGUGGACUUUCUCAAGAACAUCCCAGACGUUGCGGCAAGCAAGGUUUUCCACGUUCAGCCAGAGUUCUACACCGACAAAGGUCUCUACGGCUGCACCGUAACGGCUAAACCCCAGCCAGAGGAGGACCUGCUGGUGCUGAGCACAGCCGAAGCCUCGGUGUAUGUGACCGCCUCCCUCCGCAGCGAGCAGAGCCAAGAGGUGGCGCUAGGAGUCCUCGUCCCCUUCUUCCCCGCCUUUUACGUCAAUCAGUCAGAAGUCGUCUUCAGCAGCUGGCAGCUGAGCAGCGAGAUCCUAGUGCUGGGCGCUAGGAGGGUGACGGAAAAGAUAGAGGUCCAGCCCAGUUCCCCAGUCAUCGAAGUGGACAAGCCCUUCCACCUGCCAGACAAGCCCGGGCAUGUUCUGUUCUCCGUCAGCGUGGUCAACCUGACGUCUCUCCAGCAGAUGGCAGCACCCAUCUUCAUCAACCUCUCCUGCAGCCUGACAAGCCAGAGGGCUGCUGUGCUGGUGCGGGUGCCACCGGGGAAGUAUUUACUGGGUCAGUGUGCUGAAGCUGGAAUUGUCAGUCAUCUGGUCGGCUCCUACCAGGUCCUCCUCUUCACCAUCUUCGCUAUCCUAGCAUCUACCUCUGUCAUCUUUCUCACUUAUAACGCUUUUCUGACAAGAAUCCAAACUGUGCCCCUGGUGUAUGUUCCCACCUCGACGCUACAGACAGCAUACGGCUAUCCUCAAUAUCACGGGCAGCCUCAGCACACCAGCGCAAGGAACAGGACCCAGGCCUGGCUGUGGAACAUCAGGAGAUGAAGCACCUCGGGCACCAUGUGAAGAGUAAAGCGAUGAAGCUA